CUCUGUGUUCAACAAAACAAAGAAAUUUAGAUGAGGAUGAGUAAAAGAUAACAGAAUCUGUGUGAACUAAGUAUGCGAUACCAGAAUUGGAAUUUAUUUUUCAAUUCCAAACCCUUAUUCGCAAAACAGGUCAUAAAGCAUGUACAAGAAUGUCGUACAAAGCAGGUAUAACAGCUUUUCCUGAAAAACAGAAAAAUGUUGUACUGAUGACAAAGUUAACUGAAAGCCAAACACACACACAAUCAUGAACGACGAAGGCAUUCAGCAGCAGCUAUUGUCUUGCACACAAAAGCACUAAUCUCUCUCGCUGAUCAGCAAACACAGGCCAUCGGCCCUUGGGCUCACAACAGGUCAGAUCUUUUCAGUCUCUCUGUGCUCAGGUGGGAAAAAACAAGGCGGUAAUGCAUCUGGAAUCAUAUUUAUCUAGAAACGAGGUGCCUGACGAAGAGAACAGGAAGUGGAGAGAGCAAACAGAGAUAAAAAGCAUGAAGGUAAAAUUGGAGAGAGAAAAAACCCACAACACAUCUACUAAGCAAAUGAUACUAAAGUGUGAUACUUUCAAAAUGAAUGGUGUCAGUUUCAUGCUGACUUUUUUUUCCAGAUCAUACUGUAUACAAUUUUGGCAGUCCUUGUUCGAAUUUUUGACGGAAUUUGACGGAAUUUUCAUUUUAUGCAUGAUCAUAGCAACUAUCUUUUCAGAAUCGAACCAAUUAGCAUCUAAUUCCUCAAAGCCGUUCACUAAACAGGGCAAGCCUGAAACCAUAUAAAGUUGUAUGAGGAUAAACCAGUUCUGCUCAACACAACAGCUUACACAACUGGUAAGACACAGUUAAUAUCAUGCUUCAUGACAAUAAUUCUUCUGAGACAAGAGUGUUAAAGAGCAAAAUAGGUGCAAAUUACUACUUGAGCUUGACCAACCAUUUUUCACCUCCUUACGCUCCUCCUCUCCUCUCACGGGGAGUGUUACCGAGCAGCCAAAGCUCAUAGUCGCGGGAGGACAGCGACAACAUCAUUAGAGCAACAACAACGACUCACACCCAAAGCGGUUUCCUAUCGCAGAAAGGCAGAUGCACUGACAGUAAGUGCUUGGUGGUAGAUAACUAGUCACGGCGGAGCAUGUUAGACUGAGGUCAUGUGGAAGUCAGCGUCUCUGAGUGAAUUUGUUAAUGUUUAAUCCCAUUUCCCAUUUCCAGGAGUGGAUACGGCUUGAGCUAAAAAGGAAGUCUAUAGUUGCUUUUCAGAUGUUGGACUAUUAUGGUCCAGCUUGAGAACACCAAGUGCAGUUUUCUCUUCUGCCUUGGAAUCUGUAUCCUAAUAUGUUCUGCCAUCUACCUGAAAGCCAAAAUAUCCAAUGCACCUCUUCCUACAAAUGACUUGAGCAGCCAAUCCCCACUAGCCUGCGAGACCUGUGACAUUCUUCCACCUGCGACUCCCGGGUUUAAAUGGCAACGAAAAGACUGUAAGAAAAUCAGCUAUGAGCCUAAACCGGACACAAACUGCACUCUUUUGCAGUCAGAGCUGCAUUUUAUUAUGGCACCACUGAGCAAAGAAGAGGAAGACUUUCCUUUGGCUUUCAUCAUCACCAUUCACAAAGAGCUGGAAACAUUUGUGCGGCUACUGAGAGCCAUCUACGCGCCACAGAACGUCUACUGCAUUCACAUUGAUGAUAAAGCGCCAGAAGAAUACAAGACGAGCGUCCGAAACCUAUCUGGGUGCUUCUCGAACGUCUUCCUGGCAUCCGUCAACGAAAAGGUGACCUACGCUGGCUUUUCCCGUCUGCAGGCUGACAUCAACUGCAUGAAAGACCUGGUGAAGUCUCCCAUAAAAUGGAAAAGAGUUAUAAACUUGUGCGGCCAGGACUUCCCCAUCCAGAGCAACCUGGAGUUAGUCCGGUACAUGCAAGGAUCCGAAUGGAAAGACAGGAACAUGACGCCGGGAAUCAAGCAGCCACCCACUAUGAAGCACAGGACAGAGUUUCAGUAUGAGGAGGUAAAGGGCACCUAUGUGGCACCAAAGGGCAGAGGUCAAAGGAAGGGACCACCUCCGCACAGUCUGACAAUUUACUUCGGGACUGCUUAUUACUCUUUGACGAGACCAUUUGUGGAGUUUGUCCUCAAGGACCCGGUGGCCAAAGACUUGCUGGAGUGGUCUAGAGACACCUUCAGCCCGGAUGAGCAUUACUGGGUGACGCUGAAUCACAUAAAGGAAGCACCUGGCAGCCACGUAGAUGGUGAAUGGGAAGGUAACAUUCGUGCAAUCAAAUGGAGGGACCAAGAAGGAACAGCACAUCAGGGCUGUAAAGGACAAUACAUCAGAGAUAUCUGCGUUUUCGGGAUUGGCGACUUACCAUGGAUUAUCAAAAAAGAGAGUAUGUUUGCUAAUAAAUUUGAGACCGCAAGCUUCCCGGAAGCCCUGGAUUGUCUGGAACUGUGGCACAGGCAUAAAGUUCUCCAGCACGCUACAGUUCCCAUUCAGCCAUCAUGGCGUCUCAUCACAGAGGUGGAAGUCAUCAACAGCACUCUCAAUGUAACAGCAGGGGACUUUGUCUGACCAAGCAUCACAGAAAUUACACAAAGAAAGAGAAAUUCACACCGUUUACAGGCUUGUCAACUUCUGCAUGCUCACAGCCUUGUAUAACAUCAAAAAAUAGCAAACUUCAAAUCUCCUUGAGGUCAAAGUACCAUCUGGUACAUGUAGAAAUGAAGAAAAAAUUAACAGAAACAUUUUCUGCUUUACAGAGUAAAUGUGUCAUGACAAUAUUAAUUUCACACGGCAGUGCAGCUCAUGAUGUUUAAAUGUCAUAAACAUUUAAACACUGAUUGUUAUGUGAGUGUUGAGUACUGUGACUGGUGUACAGUUAGUAAUAAUAAUAGUUCUAUUUAUUUUUAUUUAUUAACUGCUGUUUCUCAAAUGGAUAAACUGUAGAUAAAUAAAAGGCACGAAAUUCCUUUGCAAUGGACAAAUCCAGGAUACUGUACUGCUAUACAAUCUGUUACAAGAAAAACUAAAGAGAGAAGCCUCAUUAUUUGUUUGCAUUUAAAGAAAAUUGAAUCUUAAAUGUAUUAUAUAAGGUAAAAUUAAAAUAUUUGAAAAUACAUAUAUUAAUUUCAUUGCAUACUUUUAAAAAAACAAUUUAAAUAGCCAAUUUAAAUAAAUAAAACAUUUUUUAUACUGAGAUUCGCAGACAUCAGUAUGGCAUGUCACUCAAUACUUUCAUAAGCCUCGUAUUUUUAAUAUGUACAUUUUCAUGCAAGAACACCUGCUCUAAAGAAGUAAAUAUGGUGAAAUUGUGAUAUCAACACUGUUCACAUAUUUUCCGAGAUGUCAAUUGUAUUCAACAGAUGAAAACUCAGUUGUAUACUUCAAGCACUUUCAUUUGCACUGUAGUCUUAAUAAAUGUGCCUUAGUAACUUGGAUAGAAAAUUCAGAAAAGUCUCUAUUACAACAUGGAGCCAGCGUGAAUUACUGAAACUAGGCAAUGCUGGCAGAGGAACACAUUACAGUCUUUGACAUUUCCAUCACAACCACAAUGUCAACCACUGCAUCUCACUAUAGAGGUUGAAGCAAUGUUCCCUCUAAUUUUUUUUCUUGCUGAGCAAAACAUUUCUCUACUGAGCCACCUGAGCAAAAACAUUCUUUAUACCAGACCAAAACACACACAAAAAAGGUUUCAUCGUGCAAUUGUAACUUUUAACUUUAAAGUGCCAUUUCUAUUUUAUUUUACCUUUGAUCUAACUUAGUGAUAUAUUAAAUCUUAUUUUUGAAAACAAGCAGUUCAGUCACUAAAUUAAGCACAUUUUAGGUUACCUGAGUUUUUGUUCAGUGCUGUGCUAACUGUACCAGUCUUUACCAAGAAAUUCUAAUAAAAAUCAUUUAAAAAUC